AUGGCUUGUCACUGUCCUCACCCUCCUGUUGCUUCUCAAGCCAUGGUUGCCUCUCAUAGUCCUACUCCGUCAUCCACCUGGUUUACUGAUAGUGGUGCCUCCACUCACAUAACAAAUGACCUUGCUCAUCUCCAGCUCUCUCAAACUUAUGGUGGUUCGUAUCAAGUUUCUGUGGGUAACGGUCAAGGUUUGCAUAUAACUAAUAUUGGUUCUGGUUCCAUCUCUCAAUUCCAUUUAAAUAAAGUUCUUCAUUGUCCUUCCGCAUCUCAUAAUUUACUUAGUGUUCAUCAAUUUGCUCUUGAUAAUUCUGUCUAUUUUAUUUUCACCCCCUCUGAUUUCUAUGUGAAGGAUCUCGUCUCGGGGAAGACGUUUUUCCACGGCAAGAGUGAAAAUGGUCUCUACCCGUUCCGGUCUCCUUCGUCCUCCUCCUCAUUUCCUACCACCGCUGUGGCCCUCCUUGGUAUCCGUACUUCUUCUCCCGUAUGGAUCAACGCUUAG